AUGGAAUUAGAAAAUUUAGUGCCUCCUUAAUAUUAGCAAGGCUAUUUAGAAAACAAAGAAAGACUUUUCUAACUAAAAAAUUUGGACGAGAAAUGGAAACUCUACUAAGAAAAAGAAGGAGUUAAGCUUUACACUAGAGAAAUCGAAGGUCAAUCUAUAAAAAUGUUGAGAAUAGAGACUUCAUUUAAUGCUUCAGUAAAAGAAACAUGCUAACUCUUGUUUGAUGACUUAGAAGAACUAAAAAAAUCUAAAGAACCAGUGAAAACAGCUGAAGUAAUUGAAGAAAUGAAUGAAAGAGGUAGGAUCGUUUUCAUUACCACGAAACCAAAAUACUUUGUUAGUUCGAGAGAGGUUUUACUUUAUAUGAACUAGGAGACUAUAGGCUAAGAAGAAGGAGUAGUCUAAGUCUAGGUUGGACUAGAUAGUCACCCUAACGUGCUAACUAAUAAAAAUGCUGUGAGAACCACAACUCUUUUGGCAGGUCAUUUUAUUCAACCUGAUUAAGCUGACCCGUCUAAAACUAAUGUAAUAUUUAUAAUCCAUAAUAUUUUAAAUGGUUCAAUUCCUGAAUUCGUCCAAAACAUGGUUGUAUCACAUAACUUAGGAGGUUAUAUAUAUUUUAAAAAUUUAUGUGAGUAAAGAGCAAAAACAAAAGAGCUUUUACCACCUAUUCAAGUAGAAGCUUAAGAGUAACAAAAUAUUACUAACAAUUCCUAGUAAUUAGAAACAACAUAAGAAUCUGAUAAUAAUAAUAAUAAUCAGUUGAGCUUUGAAGAAGCAGAUGAAAUUAAAGAAAAGACUCAGUCUAGGAAAGAUUCCUUCUGUAAUUAAGAAGACUACGACAACACAGCACACUCAGAGGAUCAAAAAGAAAUACUAACUACUCAUAACAAAAGCUACAGGUAAAAUCACUUAGAAUAGGUAGAUAAUAAUAAUAGCGAUAUCAGUAGUCAGUUAAGCAUUAAAGAUAGUAAUUCUUUUGAAAAUUGA